ACGCUCUGUGGCAAAAGGAUGUGCGAGCAAGCAGCGCGCUACUGCAGGGACGGCGUCCACAAACUCCUCCACAAAGAACAAUCCAAACUCCGGGCUCAGGACAGCAAAGAACAACCCAAAGCAGGAGCUCGGGACAGCGAGACAGCGACGGCUGCACAGUCCGGAAACAGCGGCGCCCAGCCGGGUGGAAUAGACGGGCUCGUCCGCUGGAUAGUCACCAAGAUGAGCGACAACAAGAGCAUCUCUUCCCGGGAGUACGUGAAGGAGGAGGCGGCAGUAGCCCAGGAGCAGUUUUUCGCUCCGGAGCCGCGGAAGGGCAUAUCCGUGAUCUUGGAUAUUUUCCGGAGAGCUGAUAAAGAUGAUGACGGGAAGCUCUCCCUGGACGAGUUCCAGGCCUUCUUCUCCGAUGGCACACUGAACGAGGAGGAGCUGGAGAAGCUGUUUCACACCAUCGACUCGGACAACACCAGUAAUGUUGAUACCAGAGAGCUCUGUGAUUACUUCGCCAAGCACAUGGGAGACUACGAGGACGUGCUGGCCUCCCUGGAGACCCUUAACCUGUCUAUCCUGAAGGCCAUGGACUUCACCAAGAAGGUGUAUGAAAGAGGGACCAACGUGGAGCAGUUUGUGACCCGCUUCCUGCUGAAGGAGUCAGCCAAUCAGAUUCAGUCCCUGCUCAACUCUGUGGAGAGUGCCGUGGAUGCCAUUGAUGAGCAGCACAGCCAAUCAGGGCCCUACCCCAGUAAGACUAGUCCCCGCGUGCUGGAGUCCCGCUAUGCCCACCCGGUGCCUGACUACCCGCCAAACAACCGGGUGAGCGCCAAGGAAACCAUGAGGAACAUCAGCAGUGCCCAAGGGCCAAUGGAAGUGAGGAAGGAGGGGCUGGAGGCACAGAUCAACCGCCUGGCUGAGCUGAUUGGACGGCUUGAGAACAAGACAGUGUGGUUUGACCUUCACCAGAGGCUAACAGACACUGAUGGUACAGCCAGCGCAUCUCUCUACCUGAUUCGUCAGGAGAUGACUGUAUCCCAGAAGCACCUGGGGGAGUUCUGUGAGGCUCUGAAGCAGUACCUGAAGAACGUCUCUGCCCAGAGAGACUGCUUCCAUGUGACUGCAGUGAGGCUGCCGGAUGGAGUCUCCUUUGUCGUUUAUGAGUUCUGGGACGGAGAGGAGGAGUGGAAACGGCACCUGCAGACGGUGUCCUGUAAGGCGUUCCAGCAUGUGAAGGUGGACACGCUGUGCCAGCCAGAGGCUGUGUCCACGGUGGCUGUGCCGGCCGCCUGGUGCACCCUGAACAGAGACUGAUGUGGGAGGGGCCUCUGGGCAGGUGAGGUGCCACGCCCGGAGCCUUCUCUGCAGUCGCCCCCUCCCCCCUCCCCC